AUGGGCCCUUCAGCUGUUAUGGGAGUGGUACCACUUACCAAAGGCACCGUUUUGUUCCCCGGCUCGGUUCUGCGAAUCCCUGUACCAUCAAGCCGAGACGACAUUCCGGCGCUGCUGUCCAACGUUUAUACGCGAGCAUCCAAGGGCUCCAGACGAGUCGACCAGAUCCCCGUCGCCUGCGUGCCUCUGAGCUCACCUCUCCGAAGUCGCCGUGGCCAGCUGGUCAUAGAGAACGACCCCGACAAGUACAACGACCUCCUAGAAGCCGAUUCGCUCCAGAUACGGAAGGACAAGCUAUACGGCUUCGGCGUUACAGCUAAGAUCACGGGGAUACAGGGCCAAAAUGGAGGAGAGUUUAAUCUGCUGGUCCAAGGCCUCGAUCGUGUCGUUGUCGAUAAGAUCACACAAGAGCAUCCUUUUUACGAAGGCAAGGUCACGCCGCAUGUUGAUGCCGUCUCGUCGCAGGAGCUCCAGAGCACUGUGUACCAGGAUCUCUUCGCCAGACUCAAGCAGCUCUCGCGCGAACUUGUGCAAUACCUGCGCGUGUCUGCCUUUCUUCUGGCUAGAGGCACAUCGGGUCUGAACCCACUUUUGUCGAGAAGACUGGAUAUUUUUAUAUCCAAAAAGGCGCCAAACGAGGGAGGGUCUCUGGCGGAUUUCAUGAUGAACAUUGUGGAAGCGACGUACGAACAGAAGCUCCAAAUUUUGUCUGCGUUUGAGACCCGUGAUCGGAUGCAGAGAGUUGUCGACUUACUCGUGCGUCAAGUAGAUGACAUCAAGGGCAACAUCAAAGUCACCACAGUCACCAGCACCACCUUACCGAUCCACAUCGACCAGAAUGAUAUAGAAAAUAUCAAUAGCAAGCGGACACCUCAGAAUGGUCAAGUGUCCCUGCUGCCCCCUGGUGCCAAGUUCAACUUGAAUAAUCUCCUAGGAGGAGGCGGCGGCCAAAGAGAACAGCAGGAGUCUGAAGACAUGCAAGAGCUGGCAAAGAAGAUCGAGGAAGCGAAACUACCACCGGAAGCGGCCAAGGUGGCCGAGCGAGAGUUCAAACGCUUGAAACAGAUGAUGCCUGCCCAGGCCGAGUAUCAAGUGAUCCGUACAUAUCUCGAAACCUUGACUGAAAUCCCCUGGUCGGUAUUCACUGAUGACCCAAUUGGCCCGGGCACCUUGGACAGGGCGCGGAAACAACUCGACGACGACCAUUACGGCAUUGAAAAGGUGAAGAAGCGGCUGCUAUCCUACUUGACCAUUGUCCGACUGAUGCAGUCAGCGAACGAGGCCGUAGAUAAGCAGGUCAAGCAGGCUGAGCAGGAAGUUGUUGAUCUCGAGUCUACGAAGGUUUCUGCCAACGAGGAAUCGCCGCUUGACCCAGAGCUGCAAGAAAAGAUCAAGGCCAGCGGCGUUAAGGUCCAGAUGCUGAAAAGCAAGCGGCAAGCCGAGAAGGCCCCGAUUCUCCUCUUGGUUGGUCCGCCUGGCGUCGGCAAGACAAGCAUAGCCCGGUCGAUUGCCACGGCCUUGGGCCGCAAGUUUCACCGAAUCUCGCUUGGAGGUGUGCGAGAUGAAGCAGAGAUUCGAGGUCACCGGAGAACAUACGUUGCUGCCAUGCCGGGUCUCAUCGUGCAAGGGCUGAGGAAAGUUGGGGUGGGGAACCCUGUCUUCUUGUUGGACGAGAUCGACAAGCUGGGCAUGUCGAACCACAAUGGUGACCCGUCAGCUGCUAUGCUCGAGGUGCUUGAUCCCGAGCAAAAUCAUGCCUUCAACGAUCACUAUAUCCAGGUUCCCAUCGACCUGAGCAAGGUACUGUUCAUUGCCACGGCAAACAGUCUAGAUACGAUCCCGGGGCCCUUGUUAGAUCGCAUGGAGACGCUAGAAUUCUCCGGAUACACAACGCUCGAGAAGCGGCACAUCGCCUUGCGCCACCUGGUGCCAAAGCAAAUUCGGGUGAACGGUCUGACAGAAGAUCAGGUCACCUUCAGCGAGGAGGUGGUGUCCAAGAUCAUCGAGUCAUACACCCGUGAAUCAGGGGUCCGUAACCUUGAACGCGAGAUCGGCUCUGUAUGUCGUGCAAAAGCCGUCGAGUUUGUCGAAGCGAACGACAAGGGCCAAGCUGAGACAUACCGAGCAAGCCUGACCGUGGAAGAUUUAGAGUCUAUCCUCGGUAUUGAACGUUUCGAGGACGAAAUCGCUGAGCAGGCCAGCCAGCCGGGAAUUGUCACCGGUUUAGUAGCAUACAGCUCUGGUGGUAACGGCGGCAUUCUUUUCAUCGAGGUGCUUGACAUGCCUGGCGACGGGAGUGUGGAACUUACUGGAAAUCUCGGCGAAGUUCUCAAAGAGAGCGUCAAAGUCGCUCGGAGCUGGGUUCGGAACCAUGCAUACGAGCUAGGCCUAACUCAAGAUCCGACGGAGAAUAUCAUGAAGAACCGCAGUCUCCACGUCCAUUGCCCUUCCGGGGCUGUACCAAAGGACGGACCUUCCAGUGGCAUGGCACAAGCCAUUGCUCUAAUCUCACUCCUGUCUGGCAGGGCCGUGCCGCCAACAAUGGCCAUGACGGGAGAGUUCCAACUUUCUGGCCACGUAAAGCGUGUGGGGGGCAUCAAGGAGAAACUGAUCGGAGCCUACCGAGCAGGCGUUAAGACCGUUAUGCUCCCAGCGCAGAACGAGAAAGAUGCCAGAGAAGUACCUUCGGAGGUGAGAGAGGGCCUAAAGGUUAUCUACGUAAGCCAUAUUUGGGAGGCGAUCCGUCAAGUGUGGCCAGAUGUACAAUGGCCGCACGAGGCGUUUGCACCACCGAUCCAGUCACGCCUGUGA